GACGGGCAUUCUCAGCUGUUACUCAACAUAGCGAGCGUGUUAUGUUUGAGUUCUAAUUAUCUUAUGUUGUCUACUUUUUUCCAUGUAACGUGAUUUCUAAGUUUGCAUGCGAUUUGUGGAUACACUUCACAUUUUAUAGGUUAUAGAUAAUGGUCUUAGAUAUCAAAAUACUUUAUUUCUUUUAGGAUUUCUCAGGAAGUAAAAUCUAUCGGACAAGUUAACCGAGUCAACAUUAAUAACCGGCCACAAUGAAAAUCAAAAGGCAAAAACAAGCUAAGAAAACCAUCAGUUUCUAUAAAUACAACUUCAGUUUUAGAGAGCCUUUUCAAAUUCUCAUCGAUGGAACGUUUUGCCAAGCCGCACUGAAGAAUAAGAUUCAAAUCAAAGAGCAGCUGCCAAAAUACCUCAUGGGAGAGGUGCAGCUUUGUACUACAAAUUGUGCAAUGAAAGAACUUGAAUCAAUAAAGGAGCUUUAUGGUGCCAAACUCAUCCUGCAGAGGUUUCAGGUCAGGAACUGCAAACAUUUUAAGAACCCGGUUGCUGCUUCAGAGUGUCUGCUGUCAAUGCUGGAAGAGAAUAAUCCUCACCACUACUUUGUUGCCACACAGGACCAAGAGGUGACUGCGGGUCUGAAGAUGAUCCCAGGCGUGCCUCUCCUGUACAUAAUCCUCAACACCAUAGUGCUGGACAAGCCCAGCCAGUGUUCAGUGAACCAAGUGCAGGCGGUGGCACUGGGUGAGAUGGUCACUACUGCCCAACAGCAGAACAUCAACAGCCUGAAGGCAGUGCAGGGGAUCGGGCAGGACGGAGAGCGUCGGGGCAAGAAGCGCAAGAGGAAAAUAUCCAACCCUAACCCACUCAGUUGCCUGAAGAAGAAGAAAAAACAGCCACCGACACAACCAGUUAAAAAGACUGAAGGGGAAAAGAAACGCAGUCGGCAUCGUAAACGCAGAAAGACAGCGGGAGGACACGGUCCAUCCAUCAAUCCAACCCCCUAGAAAACAACAUUGCAUAUUUUAUUACAGUCAGUUUAAAAAAAUAUAUAUAAUCUGUUUGGAACUGCCAGAUGAACAUCAGAGGAUAGGGUCCAUCCCUACAACUAAACCAGUUUAGUGCAUCGAUAAUAGAUAUUUUCUCCACCAGUAUUGUAGUAACAGCUGAAUAUUGGUAAACCUUUCUACCUAUGUUACUGGUAUAUUAACAACAACAGGUGUUUAAUAAACCCAUUUACUGUUUUCUUACCAUAGCCUUAACUGUUAUAUUGGAUGCAAUGACUCAACCACCAAUGAAAAUCAUUUGUAAUUGUCAUCAACUGUUGAAACAGUAUUUGUUUAAUUAGAAAAGUUACAUAAACACAAUUGCUGGGGGUUCUGACUACAGGCAUGGCAUCAGUCUCAAUGUGUAAGGAUACAAUUUGGCAACAGUAUCUACAAGGUCAUUUAGGGUUUUAUA